UCCCGGGUGGGGGCUUUGUUGUGAGCCUCCGUGCCGACCCCAGAGACACUUGCCCUGCAAGUCGUCCGAGAGAGAGACUCCCCCGGUCCUUGACACGAGCAGAGGGACCCAGUGCCUUCUCCCAGGGUCUAGAUGCCCGCUGAGGGGGGUUCUCUGGGCGGCGCAGCCAGCCGGUCUAGGGCCCAGGCCUUUGCAGGCUUCACUGCAGAAUUUGGCGUUCUUGCCCAGAGCCAGGAGCCUCCUUGAGAUGUGGGUAAGGCAUGGAAAAAGGAUUAGGAAGAAGAUUCCCAAGAAAAGCCGCCUGUUCAGAAAAUGUGCCCGCAGAAGUUGGAGGAAACUCUUCCCCCUCAUAUUCAGGUGUGGACACUGCCAGCGGCUACAGCCAACCUGGAACGACCUGGGAGACAAGUACAACAGCAUGGAGGACGCCAAGGUGUACGUGGCCAAGGUGGACUGCACGGCUGACUCGGACCUGUGCUCCGCCCAGGGCGUGCGCGGCUACCCCACCUUGAAGUUCUUCAGACCUGGUCAAGAAGCUGUGAAGUACCAGGGUCCCCGGGAUUUCCAGGCCCUGGAAAACUGGAUGCUGCAGACGCUCAACGAGGAGCCGCCCACUCCAGAGCCCACGGAGGAACCGCCUCGCACCCCCGAGCUCAAGCAGGGCCUGUAUGAGCUCUCGGCCGGCAACUUCGAGCUGCACGUGGCGCAAGGAGACCACUUCAUCAAGUUCUUCGCCCCGUGGUGUGGUCACUGCAAAGCUCUGGCUCCGACCUGGGAGCAGCUGGCUCUGGGCCUUGAACACUCCGAAACUGUCAAGAUUGGCAAGGUGGACUGCACGCAGCACUACGAACUCUGCUCAGGAAACCAAGUCCGAGGUUAUCCCACGCUCCUCUGGUUCCGAGAUGGCAAAAAGGUGGACCAGUACAAGGGCAAGCGGGACCUGGACUCGCUGAGGGAGUACGUGGAGUCGCAGCUGCAGAGCGUGGGGCGGGCCGCCCCAGAGCCCGCCCAGCCCUCGGAGGCCCCGGCGCUGGCCGCUGAGCCCACGGCCGACCAGGGCACCGUGUUGACGCUGACGGAGAGGAACUUCGAUGACGCCGUCGCAGAAGGCAUAACCUUCGUCAAGUUUUAUGCUCCAUGGUGCGGGCACUGCAAGGACCUGGCCCCGACCUGGGAGGAGCUCUCCAAGAAGGAAUUCCCUGGCUUGGCGGAGGUCACCAUCGCCGAGGUGGACUGCACUGCCGAACGCAGCCUCUGCGGCAAGUACUCGGUACGAGGCUAUCCCACACUGCUGCUUUUCCGAGGAGGAGAAAAGGUCAGCGAGCACAGCGGGGGCCGCGACCUGGAUUCCUUGCACCGCUUCGUCCUGCGUCAGGCGAAGGAUGAGCUGUGAGCCCGGCUGGACGCCACCUCCCGCCUGGCGCUGGGCACGAUGGGGCGCCGCGUCUCGGCCGCUCCCGGCUUCCCCGCAGUGGUGACUCGGAGAUCCGAAUGUACUAAACUCGUGCUAUCUUCUCUGUGUGUGUUUUUAAGCCAACACACCCUACAGAUUCUUAAGUUUCUCUAAGUAAAUGUGUAACUCACGA